CCCAGUGCAGAGUUUGGAAGCUGCAGUUUUGUGCUGGAUGGGUAGGAGGGAGAGAGUGUGUUAGUUUAGCUGCUUGUGAGAUCAUUUCCUGCCCGGAUCCGAACACUGAUCACAACUACUAUCUGUUGGAGAAGCAACAGGGUGCUCCUUUCCCCCCCUACAUCGAGUUCUUCUCCUGCUGGACAGAACAUGUCUUCAAACUCUAACCUGAGCACUAUGCAGAGACUGGUGGAGCAGCUGAAGCUGGAGGCCAGUGUGGAGAGGAUCAAGGUUUCCCAGGCAGCAGCAGAGCUCCAACAGUACUGCAUGCAGAAUGCCUGUAAAGAUGCUUUGCUGGUUGGAAUGCCAGCUGGAAGUAAUCCAUUCCGAGAGCCCAGAUCUUGUGCCCUUCUCUGAGGAUGCUGCAUUAAAUCACUGACUGAUGUAACCACCACCUGGGGAUCUAAAAUAUAUACAGCCUGCCUUUUCCUGUGCCAUUCCAAAUGUGGACAAAGCCUACACCUUUUGAAUAUUUAUUAUUAUUAUUAUUUUUUUCCACAAUUCACAUUUUUUUUUGCCUUUUUAUAUCAAUUGAUUUUCUAUAUAAAAAGCUUGCUUUUAUAGGAAUGCUACAGUUUAGAAAUCUACACAGACACUGAAGUAUCACAGUAUUUUACACUUCAGUAUUGAUUAGGAUUCAAAUUUGUGAUUAUUAAAAUAAAUAUUAAUUAUCCUUUUUUUCUAUUUAUGGGAAAAGUAUUUUUGAACAGGUACAAAUGUUUUAUGAAAAUAAAUUAGUAUAAUAAGAUCAAGAAUACAAUAUAUCUUCCUGUGUCCUUUGAAAUGUAGCAUUUUUAUCAGUUUACUAAAUAUAAAUAGAUUUA